UCAAAAACGAUUCUUGAUCCGACAAAAAUGAUAUCAAGAAUGUGGAUUUUAUGGACAUGCACAGUGAUAUUUUUACUGAUGAGGGAGUGUCAUUGCAUUCAGAAGACCACAUUAUCCAAGAACUGGGGACCACAGUCAAUGCUUUACUUAAAAGGAAAACAUGGAAGACGAUUUGUUCCUGACAUUGAUGACAUUAUUCCAAGCUCAGGGUUAAAUAGCUGGUAUGCAGUUCUCAAAGGGUUUCAGAAACUGAAGUCGCUGAAUGCAAGAAAACAAUCAGGAUUGUUCAAAAUGCAGAACUUUGUUAACCGCUAACUGAAGUACAAAUAGUUUACACCGUUAACCUCGGAACAUUCUCAGAAGGUUCUUGCAAAGUUCUCUCAAAGUUACUGACAAACAUUCUUCCAGUUGCAUUAAUAGGACAUUUGUUCAGAGUCAUCUGGUCUUUUAUAAUGUUAUCAAAAC